CCGCCGGAGCCGCUGGAGCCGCUGGAGCCGCCGGGCCGAGGCGCGGGCGUCGCAUCCGGGCCUGCCUUUGAGACAACCUCUGCGGCGGCGGCGCGCGCGGCCCGGGGACGCCAGGCUGGGGCAGCUCGGGCCUGGUCCAGGCCUCUCUUCUGCUCCCGCCGCCGCCGCCGCCGCCGCCGCCGCCGCCGAGCCCGCGGCCUGGGGCCUCCCGCAGCCUGGGCUCAGGCUAGCUGCCUUCCCUGGGAGCCUUGUCCUGGAGCCAUGGGGCCCACCUAGCCCCUGCCUGCCCGGAUGUCCCUGCUCAGGGACUGCUGACCUCGGCUGCAGGGGGAGCCCCCCCCACGCCCCCUCUCCAGCCUCAGCAGCCAGAGACCCUGGGUGAGCCCCUGGGCCAGACCUGCAGCCCAGGGCAGCCUCCUGUACUCCCCUGCCCCCGCCUCCCUCCUCCUCCCCCACCUCUUCCUCCUCCUCCUCCUAGGACUGGACCGGAGAAGCCACUGUGGCCACUGGGGGGGGCCCUGCCCCCCCAGCUCUCGCCGGCCGCCCCCAGGAGUCCUCGGGGCGGCCGGGGUCCCCACCAGGCCUGGCAGGACCAGGAUGCUGCUCCCUCUCCUCCUCCCCGGCCUCACCCAACGCCCCCACCCACCCGAACACCCAAUCUGAUUGGAGACAGCCGGAUGCCGGCUGACCCUGGGCCCGAGGUGGGCAGUGGCUGGCCAGGCCUCCUCAUGUCCUGCCUGAAGGGCCCCCAUGUCAUCCUCAAGAUGGAGGCCAUGAAGAUUGUUCACCCUGAGAAGUUCCCCGAGCUGCAGGCGGCUGCCGCUUGCUUCCCACCUGCACCGAGGCCCACCCCUGCUCUGGCACCCAAACGCGCCUGGCCCUCAGACACAGAGAUCAUCGUCAACCAGGCGUGUGGGGGGGACAUGCCCACCUUGGAUGGGGCGCCCCGCACCCCUCCGUUGCCACGACGGCCCCGGAAGGGCAGUGUGGAGCUGGGCUUCCCCCGCGUGGCGCCAGCGGACGAGGUCAUUGUCAAUCAGUAUGUGGUGCGGCCCGGCCCUGCCGCCUCGGGGCCCCCCGCCACGGCGGCACCGGCUUCAGGUGAGCCCCUGGAGUGCCCCACCUGCGGGCACACGUACAACGUCACCCAGCGGCGGCCCCGCGUGCUGUCCUGCCUGCACUCCGUGUGUGAGCAGUGCCUGCAGAUUCUCUAUGAGUCCUGCCCCAAGUACAAGUUCAUCUCCUGUCCCACCUGCCGCCGGGAGACUGUGCUCUUCACGGACUACGGCCUGGCCGCACUAGCCGUCAACACGUCCAUUUUGAGCCGCCUGCCACCCGAGGCACUGACCGCCCCAUCCGGGGGCCAGUGGGGGGGCGAGCCGGAGGGCAGCUGCUACCAGACCUUCCGGCAGUACUGCGGGGCCGCGUGCACCUGCCACGUGCGGAACCCGCUGUCCGCCUGCUCCAUCAUGUAGCACCCGCCCGCUCGACGCUGCCCGCCAGUCCUUGCUCGCCGCUUCUUCAGGGAUCCGGCCCUGCCCUGUCGCCUGUUGACCCCUCACCCACCACUGCUUCCGGCCCCUCCCCGUGUGGCACUGCCGCUGCAACCAACUCUGCCAUUAAAACUCUUUGCCAAAGUU